AUGAAUGAAACGUGGGGAUCGGCAGCCCUUUGGCGGCAGUCAAGGCUGUUUGCACGACGAGCAGGUCGCGCAACCCGCGCACGGGGCUUCGCGACUGUCGCGCAGGAUCUGAGGCCAUUCGAUGUCGUGGUAAUCGGAGGCGGCCAUGCCGGAUCGGAAGCAUGCGCUGCAGCUGCGAGAGCUGGCGUAAGGACGGCCCUAGUGACACCAAAGCUCGACAACCUGGGCACCUGCUCCUGCAAUCCCAGUUUCGGCGGCAUAGGGAAGGGCACCAUUAUCCGAGAGAUUGAUGCCCUGGAUGGACUUGCCGGGCGGACGAUAGACAGGUCGGCGGUACAAUUCAAAGUCCUCAAUAAGAAGAAGGGCCCAGCGGUCUGGGGUCCGCGGGCGCAGAUCGACCGAGCGCUAUACAAGAAGCAUAUGAGGGAGGAAUUGGAGAACUACCCGAACCUGUCCGUUGUGCUAGGCAGUGUGUCCGACAUUGUCAUUGCAGAUAACCACGAGACAUCAGAUGGAGCGAAGAGCAAAAUUACUGGCGUUCGACUGGAGUCAGGCGAGAUCCUACCAACAAAAGCAGUUGUUAUCACAACGGGAACAUUUCUGGGGGGAGAGAUACACAUCGGGCUGGAGGCCUACCCGUCCGGCCGUAUAGGAGAAGACGCCACUUUUGGCCUGAGCAAAUCUCUAAGAGACGCGGGCUUCAAGCUUGGGAGAUUAAAGACGGGCACACCACCACGACUCGCAAAAGGUAGCAUCAACUUCUCUAUUCUUGAAGAGCAGCCUGGCGACGAACCUCCGGUACCCUUCAGCUACAUGAACGACACAGUGGGUGCCGAGGAGCAGCUGCUGUGCCAUGCAACCUACACGAACAAUGCGACGCAUGAUGUCGUGCGGGCCAAUCUUGACAAGACAAUACACAUUCGAGAGUCCGUCAAAGGUCCCCGAUACUGCCCGUCUCUAGAGUCAAAGAUCAUCAAAUUCGGAGACCGCCAGGGGCACAUUGUCUGGCUAGAGCCCGAGGGCUUUAACAACGACGUUAUAUACCCAAACGGCCUUUCUAUGACGAUUCCUGCCGAGGCGCAAGAACAAUUGCUCCGGACUAUCCCCGGACUCGAAAAUGUCACCAUGCUACAACCAGGCUAUGGUGUAGAGUACGACUACGUCGACCCACGCAGCCUCAAGUCCACGCUCGAAACCAAGGCCAUCAGAGGUCUUUUCCUCGCGGGUCAGAUCAACGGCACGACGGGCUACGAGGAGGCGGCGGGGCAGGGCAUCAUAGCAGGCAUCAACGCCGGCCGCACCGCCCAGGGCCUCCAGCCGGUCUCGCUGUCCCGCGCGGACGGCUACAUCGGCAUCAUGAUCGACGACCUCAUCACCAAAGGCGUCUCGGAGCCGUACCGCAUGUUCACCUCGCGCAGCGAGUACCGCCUGUCCACGCGCGCCGACAACGCCGACACCCGGCUGACCGAGAAGGGCCGCGCCUGGGGCGUCGUCUCGGACCGGCGGUGGAGCCGCUUCACCGACGACAGGCAGGCGAUGGCGGACCUGCGCGGCGCGCUGGAGGCUCUGUCCAUGGGUGCGGAAGCGUGGAAGGAGGCCGGGUUCAAUGCGAAGAACAAUGCCAGGCGGCGGGACGGCUUCGAGAUCCUGCGCCUCGCGAACGUCAACGUCGAAGACCUGGCGUCGCUCGCGCCGGAGAUCAUGGGCUUCGAGCCGCGGAUAAGGGCCCGUAUCGGUAUCGAGGCGGUCUACGCGCCGUACGUACAGAUGGAGAGGUCGCAGCGGGAUCGGUUUGAAAAGGACGAGCGCCUCCUUCUACCGACCCAUCUUGAUUACGACAGCAUAUUUGGGCUGUCCAUAGUAGAGAAAUCCAUUUUGAAAGCUACAAGACCGGAGUCACUAGCGCAGGCCAGACGGCUUGAGGGCAUGACUCCAGCGGGGUGUGUCAGGCUCUUGGCACAUGUUCAACGGGCGGACAAGCUCAAGGACAUUGCCGCUGUGGCCGACCCCUUGCCUAGUGGGAAGGACAUGGAGACCCUUGAUGCAGAGGCUCGAGUUGCUGAGCUGUAG